GAGUAUAAAACUAACAGCAUCACCUCAGACAACCAGACCAGGACCACAACACAGCAACAGAACAACCAGACCACAGUACAACACAGCAGCAUCAUGGUAUCUACUUUAAGCUUCCAGUCUUUGACGGUGCUGUGUAUGAAGGGGGUUUUGGUGAUGAUGAUGGGGGCAGAGGCAGCCCCCCGUGCCCAUCCAGAGAAGACAGAGAGCCACACACGGACCACACUGCAGACACACAAGAAGCCUGCAGAGUCAGAGUCUUCAGGUCCCGACACAGUAAUUCUCCCCCUGCACCUAGACCCAAAUUACUUGGUUCCUUUCCAUUCCAUCAGACCUAUUUGCAACCAUUCAAUCUCCCCAUGGACUUACAACACUACCUAUGAUGAUAGACGCUUUCCCCCCAUCAUCUCGGAGGUCAGGUGCUCUCUGAAGGGAUGUCUGAACAUCAAGGGUAAGGAGGACAGGAACCUGAAGUCCAAACCCAUCUUCUACCAGAUCCUGGUCCUGAAGAAGGUGAUGGGAAGUGGGAAGAAAUGCCACUACCGGCUGGAGUCAAAGGUCAUCUCGGUGGGCUGCACCUGUGUCAGGCCUACCAUCGAACAGUAAUGAUAUUAGAGUGACGAGGUCCAGCCUGGUGGCACAGCUGGUUGGGCCAUGGUGCUGGCAAUAUCAAUGUUGAAGGCUCAAUCCCUACAUGCGUAGAAUGUAUUGAAAGUAUUUGUGUUUUGGUUUUAUGUAGCUUUGGCUCUGUCAUUAAAAGAUUGAUUUGAAUAAUCAAAUAUGGAUAUAUUUUCUAUUGAGCUUUAAAUCACACAAUUGAUUAUGUAUUGUUUAU